GCAACACUGGUCAAUGUAAUCCGAGUCGAAAUGUUGAACGUACAUUACGUUUCUAAUAUAUGACUGUAUGUAUGUCAAAGUAACGCAAUAAUCAUCAAUUUAUUUAUUCUCAAAGUUUUGUGAACAGUUUUUACUUUAACCGUGUGUAUGCAAAGCGUUAAAGUAACUGAACGCACUUUUAUCAAAAAAUAUUUAUUUAGAAAACGUCGUAGAAGAGAGAACGACAACAAAUUGCUAGUAGUUAGACGAUCUUUCGAGAAAAGUGAAAUUUAUAUAGCAAUGCAAGCGAAGGUUAUACUCGGACAAUAACAGAGGGGACAACAUUUAAGCGUCUUUUUAUUGUUCUUUACAAUUGUAUUUUCCUUUAAUGUUUUAACACAUUUAUAUCAUCUGACAUUAUUGAUAUAACCUUACAAAGAACUUGUGAAGGUUAGCGUCUCUGUGAAACGAAGUGGAAGAUAAACUCACAUUUCCUAUUGUUCUUCUUUAUAAUUUUUAACCUUAAAGAUUAUUUUCCAAUAAUAAUUUUAAUUCAAGCUCAUAUUUUGUAUACGUCAUCGCUAUAAAAUUAAACUUGGAACAUAAAAAUUAAAAUUUUUCACUUUGUUAUUCCAAAUGACAAAUGCAAUGGGAGGUACACAUCUGCAUAGUUCACCAUCGAUAUUUCAACACAUGAUAAUACAACAAGGUACUUCUCAGCAAGUAGGUUCUUGGACACAAAUGCCCCAAGUAUUACCUUUAUCUAUACCUUGGAGUGUACCAUCGGUACAACAAUCUGAAUUGAUCAGAUUUACCGGUGAACAAAAUGUUACAUCUAACCUACAUCAGAAAAGAAAAUUAGAGACUCCGGAUUUACUUGACAUCAGAAAGACAAAACAAUUAAUAACCGAAGAAAAAAUGGCUGCACAUUUUCAAGAUUUACAUAUCAGUUCUACUUAUCAUUCGCAAGAUCCUGUACCAUCUACAUCAACAGCAAAUACUCCACUUGAAAAAUCCAAUGUAGGGAUGGAUAUGGAAACUGCUAAUGUCGUUGAUACUGAUAAUUUAAAGAGUCCAAGAUUAAUUUUAUCCGAAGAAUUGAAGCGAAUACAGCAAGAAUCCAUUCUUCCAUCGACUCUUCUAUCAAAAUUGGAGAGGCCCUCCAUGGCAUUAGUUCUUUGGGAACCACCAAGUAAACAUCUUCGUAUUUUACCUACAAGAGAUACUCCAACGCCAGUUCCAAAUACGUCAGAUGACAAUAAUAAUAACAACAACAACAACAACAAUAAUAAUAGCGAUGGUAUACCUGAUUUAAAUCAAACAAGUUCAUUUGAACCAAUGGAAUUAUGAAAAAUAUAUUAAAAUAUUUCUAAAUUUUGAACAAACUAAUGCAUCAGAGCAUAUUUUUAGCUCUGUAAAAAAUUUUAAUUAAGGUUCAUUGUUGAACUCGACUAUAUGCAAUUAAUUGCUCUUGUUUAAAUAAACAAAAGAGUGUAUGUUUAUACAAUAAGAUAAUUUGAGUUUCAACUACAUCGUUGAUUACUUAUUGUGAUAAAAUAAGUGAUGCAGUUACAUGACUAGCAUUAUUUUUUUUUAUCUUUGUCUCUUUGGUUCUUAUUAUCUCAUUUUCUACACACCUUUUAUAAUUACAUAUACACGCGCAUAUUAUGGUUAAUAGUUCAUAUUCAUUUAAGAGCUUUGCAUAAAUUUUUGAAAUGAAAAAAUCGAAGUAUAAUAUGGUCUGUUUCAUCUUAA